UCUUAGUCCAUCGUUGCACUCAUGAUACUAUGUUCUUACAAUCUCCUAGGAUCUUCCUCGAGGAAGAAGAGUCUUGAUAUUGUCAGUAAGGAUAAGGGACCUAACAUGUCUUCGCACUUCUAGAGUGAUAGAGCAAAAGUUCUUCGACGUUUCAGUGAUAGAGCUAAGCACCUAACGU